UGUUGUUGAUAUUGGGACGUUAUUUCUUAAUGUAUCUCAAAAAAGCGUUAAAUGGGGAAUCUUCCAUCCAUGUCUGAUUUGUUAUUACGUUUUCUGAAAAUUGUACUUGAUAACUUUGACUCAGGUAAAUGGGUAACAGAACUUUCAGAGUUGGCAUUUGAAGCAAAAUCAUCGAAAGAUGAUGCAUGGUAUGAUGUUGCUACAUUCCUCUCAUACAGAGUAGUCAGUUCAGGAGACCUUGAAGUUAAAGUGCGAUUUUCCGGAUUUGGUAGGGAGGAAGAUGAGUGGGUGGAUGUGAGAGGUGCAGUGCGUGAGCGAUCUAUUCCUUUGGAAGCUUCUGAGUGUCCGAAGGUGAAGGUUGGGGACCUAGUGCUAUGCUUCCAGGAAAGAGAACAUCAAGCUGUAUACUGUGAUGCUGAAGUUGUGGUCAUUCACCGGGGGCUACAUGACAUGAACGGUGCCUGCAAGUGUACCUUCGUUGUUCGCUUUGACCAUGAUAGCUCCGAGGAACAUAUUGAUCUGGGGAGGUUAUGUAUCAGGCCUGCACAAAGCACUUCAACAAAUACUAAAACCCAACCGGAGCUCUUUCGAAACAGGGACAUGAAAAUCUCUUUUCUUUAUUGAAAUGUGGCGCCAGACAAAUUACAGAUUGAUGUGUGAAUGUGCUUUUAACGAGUCAACUUAGACGGUGAUUGGUUUUUGACGGUUCUGGAAGAAUGACUCCUCAAGCAAGGUUCAUUUUUUAUAGGCAAAAUGAUUUUAACGCUAGCAUUUUCUCCUCAUGUACACAUUUGUUUAUUUCUUUUGAUUCUUUUUUGAUUUAUUUAAUCUAAUGAACGUGCACACUAGAAUCGAGAUAUUCAAACCUUUGUGGGUUAGGUGAUGUGAUGGUUGGCAGUGGAAGCCAGAUUGUACGUUGA